AUGGAUGCAGCGAAUCGAAGGGCACAGGAGGAGGUGUUUGCUCGCACCAAGGCAGGCAGGCAAGCAGGCAAGCAGGCCCAGGAGGCUAACACGAGUGAAGGUGUCCAGGGCACCAGGAGUGCCCACUGUCCAGGCGUCCGCGUGGUCACGACUCACCAGCAUGCGCAUGCUUUCAUGGGCUUGGUUUCGCUUUCAUGGGCUUGGUUUCGGGGGUCUCGGGGUCAUGGCAUGACGCUCCAUGGUCGUUAUGGUUGGAAUGUAGUCAAUGUACCCGUGGCAGAACCUGGAGGCCGAGUCUCUCCGGGCACCCGGCUACCGCUGAUGCCCGGUACGUACCAACAACAGCCCUUCGGUCCGUGA